AUGAAAGAUAAGUUGAGGGAUAUUGAAACUAUAGGUGCGACGAAAUCUGUGGAAGUAUUGUGGAAAGGAAUGUGCAUGAGCAUAUCAGCAUUAAUGACGCAAGGCAUUUUAUCGUCCGAGAUGCAGUACGUCGCUGGAGAGCAGGAGCCUCAUCGCGAAAGUGACAACCUCAGGGAAGUAGCAGAGGAAAAGACAUGUGAAGUACAUCCUUCCGACAAGUAUUCACUAACGCUAACUAGUAAAGUGCCUAUCAUUCAGUCAGCUCGAGCUGCUAUGCUGCUGUUACUGAUGCUUCUCAUCAUUCGUCAUCACCGUCUCUACCUUCCUUCCUCCUCGUCAUUCCUCUAA